AAAUCAAGAACCAAUAUCAUCCAAUGCGAUUCAGCGUGAGCCAUUGAGUUGUCAAAGUUUGCAUUUUGUCUACAAAGGUUGUGUCGAUUUUGUUUUCUGGUUGCACAAUUUAUUGGAUUGGAAAUAAACACGAGCAAAAAUUAUUUCGCCAAAAAACAAUCAAACUUACUUCAUUUUACCGCCGGUCGCCAUUUACAAAAGAGCAUUUUAACAAGCAAACUAAGCAGAGACACUUCGCUCGUGCGACAAACACAGUAUUUUUGAGGUGAUACGAAUUUUUCAAUAGGAACGUGCAUAAAAUUAAAUGAUACAUUUGGAAACACGAAACAAAUUCUCACGCGACCGAGAACCAAGCAUUAGACAACAAUCUUACGAUGGAUAAACCGGAAUGGGAGACGAGUAAAAUUCUAUCAAAAAUACUGAAUCGUCGGGAACUGGAUAAAGUUGCCCCAGACACCGUGAAAAAAAUCGAGAAAUUUUUCGAAGAACGUUUCGAUGAAUAUCUCACAACACAAGCACUGUACGAAACAUUACAGCGAACACACUCCCAAAAGACCGUUGAAUAUGAAAAACUGAUCCUAGAAUUGACCACAAAAAAUGAAGACAACGAAGUCAAAUUGGACAAGUCACAACAGAAUGUGCUUGAGCUGCGCAAACAAUUGGAUGAUGUACGGGCUGAAGUGGCGCGUUUCCAAAAAUCCGUCACCAAAUUGGAAGCGGAAAAUAUCGAGUGCAAGCGGCAACGUGACAAUUUGAUCAACGAACGUGAUGCGCUGCAAAGUAAUUUGGAAAGUCGUACGGCUGAAAUUGAGCGGUUGAAGGGUGAUGUGCGUGAAUUGGAGAAACAAUUGAAAGCCGCCAUCAAUGCAAAAUACGAUGCAAUUGGAAAAUAUGAUGAAAUCCAAUCGAAAGAGGCCAGUCUCGAGUACAAAGAGCGUCGCAUGGAACAAGACAAAAACAUCUUGCAAUCGCAGCUAGCUAGUUUGACCGAAACGUACCAGAGCAAUUUAGAAGAAUUGAUGGCAAUUCGCCGCGAAAAACAAUUCACACGCUUGGAUCUCGAGGCGAAGUUGAAUGAGCGCGUUGAAGAAUUGAAUAUUGCCAACAGUUCGAUUGCACAUUUGCAAGAGUCAAAUCAGACGCUACAGAAUCGACUUGAAGAAUUGUCGGCCAAACGCAAGGACGAGGCAGACGAAUCCAUGAAAAUGAUCGAUUGCUACAAAAAUGAGCUGCUGGCGAAGAGCAAAUUGGCGGACAUUUACAAGAACGAUAAUGAAGACACCAAAAAGCAUUUGACCGAAUUGACAAAUGCCGUUGCCGAUUUGAAGAAAAUGCUGUCCGAUUCCGUCGAAGAAUAUGGUGACCUCGAGACGAAAUACAAAGAGGAUGCAUUGCAGCACAGCGAAGAGCUCAAGGAAAAAGACAGUAUUAUUGAUGGUAUGCGCGUCGAACUCAAGAAUGCCAAUGAUUUACUGAAGACGGCACAAGAAGAAAACCUUGAGCAUGUCAUCGAACGUGUUGCACCGUCGGCUGCCGCCACCGCUAAGAUUCUCAAGUCAAAUAUGACGCUCACCGAAAUCUAUUCCGAAUAUGUCAAAUCCACCGAGGGUUUGCGCUCAGAGCAACGUGAAAAUGCCAAAUUGAAAAUUCAGAUGAAGGAGAUUUUGCAAGAGAUCGAAGAACGGGCACCGGCCAUCAACAAACAACAAAUCGAAAAUGACAAAUUGGUCGAAGCAAAUGCACAAAUUCGCGAACAACUGGACAAUAUGAUCACCGAACGUGUGGUUGAACGUGAAAAGUUGCAAGAGGCCACAUCGAAGUAUGCCUAUCUGGAGCGUGAGAAUAAGCGAUUGAAGACGUGCCAAUCCGAUCUCUCACGACAGGUUUGCUUCUUGCUGAAAGAGGUUGAACAGCUUCGUGGUGGCAUUGUGUCCGACGCACCCGAUCAAUCCGUUUGCUCGGAUAUGUCGGCCAGUGAAGUUAUCACCAAGAAACUGGUUACAUUCAGCAACAUGGACGAGCUGCAGGAAAAUAACCAGAAAUUAUUGCUGUUGGUACGUGAUUUGAGCACAAAAUUGGAGGAGAUUGAAGAGACACAAAGUAAUUUCGAUCAGUCAACGUAUGAAUCGAAGAUUGCCGAAUACACAAAACGGUUGGAGCACAUGGAAUUGCAGCAACGGCACCAGGCACAAAUGAUUCAACAGUACAUUCAGCAACGAGAUCGCUAUAAGCUCUUGUACUUCGAAAUAAUGAAGGAUGUUGGUAAGCCAAUUCUGAACAUCAGCAUGGAUGGUUCGAUGGUUGAAAAUAUGGAAACGGUCGAUGAAGAAACACCAUUAGCAUCGACAAGCAGUGCAUCAUCUGCCAGUGGUGCACAGGCACAAUCAUCAAAUGUGGACAAAAAGGUGCUGGAACUUCAAGAGAAACUUAAAGAAUCUUCAAAACAGCUUCAAACCCUCAAGGAAGAGCACGAUGAGUAUCGCAAAGAAAAGAUGGCCAACGAUAAAAUCAUGAACGAUCAGUUCAAUUCGAUGCGUAGCGAGCUUCGUGAGCUGACAACAACCAAUUGCAAACUGAAGAACAACUUUGAAUUCAAACUCGAGAAGAUCAAGAGCCUCGAAAACGAUCUGUCCGAUUUCAAGAAGCAAAUUUCGGCCCUCGAAGAGCGUAACAAAAUUUAUGACACCACAAUCACAAAGCAGGAACAAACGAUUGCCUAUUUGCGUGAAGAGUUGUUCAACACGCAGAAACAAUUGUCCAAUGCUGAGGUGAGUAACAAAAAUCUCCGACAACAAUGUGAAAUAUUGCGUGAUACCGAAAGCCGUCUACAAUCUGAACGUGAAGCACUGUACAGUGAGCGUCAGAAGCAAAAUGUUGUUUUAAAUAAUUUGGAAUUGUUGAAGUGUCAACUUGAGCGUUCCGAAAACGAUGGUCGUGCUCGAGCUGAACAACGUUUGGAUGAAACGGUGCGCGAAUGUUCGGCAUUGCGUCGUCAUUUGCAAGAAGAAAAAGAUCACUUCCGCGAAUUGAGUACGGAUUUGGAACGAAAAACGAAAUCAGCCCUCGAAAAGGCGGCCGAAGAAAAGGCUGAAGUUGAGCGAUUGCAAGGUGUAUUGAAGGACUUACGCGAUCAACUCGCUCAGAAGACCGAUCAAACGGAAACAUUGAGCAAGAAAUUGCAAGAAGCUCUCACUCCAAAUGUUAAAGACAAUCCAGUGGCCAAGGCGAACAAGCGCGCCAAGGAGUUGCAAGUGAAAUUGGAUUUGGCCAAUGUCGAGAUUGAGCACUUGAGGAAGGAGGUGGAAUCCUGUCACGAAACGAUCGAACAAUAUAGUAAAAUUUCCAAAGAAAGUGAAAUACAGCUCAAGGAUAUCAGCGAUCGAUACAAUGAAUAUCGUGCCAAAACCGAAAAGGAGUUGCAAGAGGCCAAAGUACGUGAGACCGAACUGUUGUCACGUGUUGAAGACCUAGAAACUGAAAUUAAAUUGCAAAUCACUGAUGCUCAGCUCACGAACACCGACAGUAGCGAACAAUUGCAGAAGACGCAACAAGAGCUCAAAGAAGCAUACGAAAAGAUCAGCAAGAGUAACAUUGCUUUGCGCGAUCUCCGUGAACAGAUCAACGUUUUGACGGCCGAAUUGAAGAACACCAGCGACAAGUAUACACAAGCGAUUUCAUUGCACACAUCCGAUUUGCAAGCAUACACCGAUUGCAAAGAGAAAUUGAGCAAUGUCGAAGGUCAAAUCAGUAAAUUGACAGCUGAACGUGAUGAAGCGAUGUCGGUCCUCAAGGAAUUACAAAGUGGUAACGAAGCCAAUCGCAUUCAUCUCGAAAAAGAGAAACAGGAAUUGGAAAAACGUUUGGAGGAUUUGAAUUCACAGAAUGCAGCCCUGCACGAUCAAUUGCAAUUGCUCAGUUCCACAAUAGCGGCCGCUCAAUCGGCAAAUGAAUCCAACGCAGAAGAUGUCAGCAUGAAUGAAUCACAGAAUGAUUCGAUCAUCAAUCGCUCCAUCACUGACAACGAUGGCCGUGACAAAUUGAUGUCAAUCAUCAAAUAUUUGCGUGCCGAAAAGGAUGUCGCCUUGGCCAAUGUCGAUGUAUUCCGCAAUGAAAACAUUCGACUCUCUGCUGAAAUGAAGAUUUUGAACGAAAAAGUUAGGGAAUUCGUUGAUGCUAAGACUAAAGAUGUAUCCGCAAAAGAAGAGAAUCCACUCACCAUGGCAAAAUAUACGGAGGUAUUGCGUAAAUUGGAAACAUUCACCGCAAUGCAAGACAGCAAUCGAAUGCUGCGUGAUGAACGUGAUUCGCUGUUGAAUCGCAUCAAAGAGUUGACAGAACGCAAUGAUAAAGUUGAAAAUGAGGUGUUCCCGCUGCAAGAGAAAAACAGGGAGCUCAACACCAAGACCGAGGAGCUGACCGGCGAAAACUCGAAAUUGCGCCACGAAGUGCUGCAAUGGCGCCAACGGGCCAACGCUUUGGUUGAACGUUCCAAUAAAAAUCCCGAAGAAUUCAAGCGUAUGCAGAAUGAGCGUGAACAUUUGGCAAAGAUGCUAACCACCGAAAAAGAAAAGAUUGACAAAUACGAGGCAGAGCUUGCAUCCAUCAAACAGGAAAAGAACCGUAUCGAAGUCGAGUUGGCAACACUGCAAAAGAACAAUCAAAACAUAACCGAUGAAAAGAAGAAAAUGACCGAGGAUAUUCUGACGGUAAAACAGAGCAACGCUCGCAUGUCAAAUGAAAUCAUUGAGAUUAAGAAUAAAUUACUGCUACGCGACGAUGAAGUGAAGAAGAUGGUAGAUGAGUUGACCAGCAAAGAGGCUCUGCUCACCGAUACGAAGAACAAGGAAAUCCAAAUUCGUAAGAUUGCCAAGAGCUACAAAGAGAAAUUCCUUGAAUUGCAAGCGAAAUAUGAUGCUCUUGCUGCUGAUAAAGCCUCCAAACCGCUCGAACAACAAGCAGCCGAGCUCUGUGACACGAAUGCAUCGCAAACGGAUAAGACGCUUAACGAUACCAUCAAAGAGCUGGGCACAUCGAUCACCGAAAAACAAGAACAAAAUGAUUUACUUCGAAGCGAAAAUGAAUCGCUGGCCAAACAAUUAAGCGAAUCGGAGGCAAAACUUGCAAAUGCCCUCCGUGAAUUAAAUGGCACGAUUCAAACAUUGAACGAAGAGAAGAAACACAUCUCACGUGAAUUGACGGCAACAAAGACACAAUUGGUCAAUUCGGAACAGGUUCGCACCGAAAAUGAUAGUGUUAAAUCGCAAAAUGAGAAUCGAAUCAAAGAUUUGGCCGAUCAGGACAAAGAAAAUAAGGAGACGAUUGCUCGCCUAACACGCGAAAACGAGGCGUUACAAUCGCGUUUGAAUCAACUGCACCGUCAAUUGGGUAAUCAACAGGGUACCAAGCCAACGACCAGCAGUGGUGCGAUUGAAAAGAGCCCAUCGGAUGCAUCACGUACAGCUAACGUCAAGCCAAUGGCAGCAGGCAUAGCAGGACCGAGCAACCAGUCGGCAACGGUAACACCUCGACGAGGUGGUGAUACGCCUUUGGCAAGCAUUCGACCGAUGUCUGUUCAAAAUAGUCGUACGGCUGCCGUUUUGCCCACAAGUCAAACAGCAAAUGUUGCUUCGAUUCACGGCAGUUCGUCGGCUUCAUCAGGCAGUGCUGUCACAGCAUUGGUUCCGCCACAACAGGUUCACAGUGCCAGCGGUGGAAUGACCGGUGAGGUAAUGUCAACUACAAGCUCACACACAGAUUAUAUGCCCGCCACCAGUUCAGCAGCUUCAAUUGUUGUCGCUGCCGUUUCACCAAUGGGUGCCAACAUAGAUAAAUCCGAUCCAACACAAUCGGUUGCAUCAAACUCGUCUGAAACGAUGCAAGAGGCCGAAAGUGUUGAAGAUUCUUCGUCAUCGUCAAGCACGCAAGUGACUGUACAGCAACAGGCGGUCGCUUUGGUUUCGCCACGCCAGCAUGAGAAUGCACCGCAAAAUAUUGUUGCACCACAACAAGUCAUUGAUCAAUUGCAUGCGGCCAGUACAUCCGCAUCGUCGUCAACAUCGGCUGGUAAUCAAAGUCAAUCGAUCACAAUGAGCACACACAAUCGUGCCACAUCAACCAGUAAUACGGUAACGACAUCACAAGCCGGUCAUAAACGGCCUCGCGAUGCGGAAACUGACUCAACCGAUGAGAUUUCAUCGGAUCAUGGCCAGAAAAAACCGCAAAUCAAACGAACCCGAACACAAAUCGGCUCCAGCACUUCGCAAGGCGUCAGCGAAUCGUCAUGUUUAGAUGUCGAUUAUCAGGUAACCACAUCCUCACAGCGUGAUCAGGACGACGAAAAUAUUUUGAUUGUCGAUUCGGAAUCUGACGAAGAGAUGCCAGAUGAUGGUCCAGUUGAGCCAGAUGAUGCCAUUCAAUUCGAAGAUGAAGGUGAUAAUGUUGAACCAUUUGAAGAAGCUCAAGGUGAAUCGACUGAUAUGUAUGCUGAGACUCUUCAAUCCGACAAUAACGAAGUUGAUGUUGAUGACAGCAGUGAACCAAAUCAAUCAAAUCCAAACGCUUCGACCAGUUCAUCUGCGGCAAAUGUUCAGAUCUUGGGUGAUCAAGCCAGUACAGAUAAUACGGCACAGCCACAGGAAACUCAGCAAAUCCAGGCGAUAAGCGCAAGUGAUUCUGGUUCCAGCGGUCCUUCCACGCCAUCCACAUGGAGGGGCCAAGCUGCACAAACACCAUUGCGCCAGCAACAGACAUCCACUCCGCUAACACCAACACAACAAGGUGCACAGUCACAGGCCUCGGCCCAGAAUGCUCAACAACAACAGCAACAGCAACCAAUUAUGAUCAACUACGAAGAAUCUGGUGAUGAUAGUAUUGUGCCAAGCACACCAACUUUAUACGUUCCACGACGAGCUGAUGGCUUCAGCGAGGCUGUCAGUUCACCCCAACCCCAUCAUCAAGCGCAUCAACAGCCUGCAGCACGUUUCACGUUUGCAGAGUCAGCAACACGGGCAUCCGAAGGAAUCGAUGACACUCGUAUUGACCUAACACAGUUAGAUGAAUCGGGACGUAGCGUUUCGACCGUUCCAUCACAGUCUCCACGCGAUACAAGCUCGGCAAAUGAAACAAGUAGCACGUCGGCAAUAUUAACCACCGCUCAAGUUGAACCAGUCGCUGGUGCUAGCACAAGUUCAGCUACCGAAGCAAGCGUUCCACAAGUAUUGGUUACUGAUGAUGUUGAAGAAGUGUCUGAAUUUGCUGAUGACAAUGCAUCAACCACCGAAACCGAUGAAAACAAAGUAUCUGAAGAGAUUGAAGAUAUCGAAGACGAAGAAGGAAUUGAUGGUGUUUCGUCGGAAGGUGAAAAGACAUCGGGUGGUAACGAAACCGUUGAGACUGAAGAAGAAGGUCGCGAAGCCGAAGUAGCCACGACUUAUCAAACAAGAAGCUCACGUGGUCGAGGCACGCCAAAUUCAUAUCAACGCGGUCGUCGUAAUCUUCGCGGAAGACCACAGCCAAUUGUAUGGCAAGAUCAAGGUAUGAAUCAACCAGAUUAUCAGCAACAACAAAAUUCUGGUUCACCAAAUCGCGGUUUUAGUCCUCAACAACAGGCACAAACUCAACAGGGCCGUGGUCAACGACGACGAAUGCGUCGUCCAAACUAUUCUCGUUUCUAAAUUCACUUACACGCAAGCUAGAAUGCAACAAAACAAAAACAGAAAACCAACUCAAGAAAAAACAAAAUCGCGAACUUUUGUUCCAUACACACAUUCAUACAUUUAAUUAGGGCCGAACGGCGAAAAUACUUGAUUCAAUCAUAGAAUUUAUCCAAUGUUCAUGAAAAAAACCAACCAAGAAGAAAAAAAACUACGUAUGUAAUAAGAAUGUACCAAACAUUUUUUUGAUAAAUAAACUAUGACUAAAAUUUAAAAAAAAAAA